AGAUCUUGAAAUUGUUGUUUAAAACCUUGUGAAACUUCUGCUCUUUAUAUUAAUAACAUUUUGUUUUUGAUUUAAAAAUUUUUUCAUUAAAAUGAAGAUAGAAGAAGUAAGAAGUACUACUAAAGCUCAGCGUGUUGCAGCUCACAGUCAUAUUAAAGGAUUGGGUCUUGAUGACAGUGGUUUAGCAAUUGACAUUGCUGCCGGCCUUGUUGGUCAGAAAGCAGCGCGUGAGGCUGCUGGAAUCAUUGUUGAUUUAAUCAAUUCCAAAAGAAUGGCAGGGAGAGCUCUUUUGAUGGCUGGACCACCUGGAACUGGGAAGACUGCAAUUGCUCUUGCUAUUGCACAAGAGCUAGGUAACAAAGUUCCUUUUUGCCCUAUGGUUGGAAGUGAAGUAUACUCUUCUGAAAUUAAGAAGACUGAAGUUUUGAUGGAAAAUUUUAGACGAGCUAUUGGUCUAAGAAUCAAGGAAGUUAAGGAAAUCUAUGAAGGUGAAGUGACAGAAAUCUCUCCUGUCGAAAGUGAAAAUCCCAUGGGAGGUUAUGGCAAAACAACAACUCAUGUAGCAAUUGGCUUAAAGACAGCUAAAGGUUUAAAGAAAUUGAAAUUAGAUCCUACUAUUUUUGAGAGUAUUCAAAAAGAAAAGGUUACAGUAGGUGAUGUAAUUUACAUUGAAGCCAACAGUGGUGCUGUUAAGAGACAAGGAAGAUGUGACAAUUAUGCAACAGAAUUUGAUCUAGAAGCUGAAGAAUAUGUUCCCUUGCCAAAGGGGGACGUUCAUAAAAAGAAAGAAAUUGUUCAGGAUGUCACUCUUCAUGAUUUAGAUGUUGCUAAUGCCAAGCCUCAAGGUGGUCAAGACAUCCUUUCAAUCAUGAGCAUGCUAAUCAAGCCUAAGAAAACUGAAAUUACGGAUAAACUUAGGAAAGAGAUAAACAAAGUUGUGAAUAAAUAUAUUGAUCAAGGUAUUGCUGAACUUGUACCUGGGGUUCUUUUUAUUGAUGAAGUUCAUAUGCUGGACAUUGAAUGCUUCACAUAUUUGCAUAGGGCAUUAGAAUCCUCCAUUGCACCAAUAGUUAUAUUUGCUACAAAUAGAGGGAGAUGCCCAAUUAGAGGGGCUGAAGACAUAAUUUCAUCUCAUGGAAUCCCUGUUGAUUUGUUAGAUCGCCUAAUGAUUAUCCGAACUUUGCCUUAUUCUAAUGCUGAAAUGAUUCAGAUCUUAAAAAUUCGGGCAACUGUUGAAGGAAUAAAUAUUGAUGAAGAGUCACUUUUGGCUUUAGGAGAAAUUGGAGUGAAAACAACAUUAAGGUAUGCUGUGCAGCUAAUGAGUCCAGCAAGCUUGCUUGCAAAAGUAAGUGGUCGUACUUCAGUUAAAAAACAAGACAUUGAAGAGGUCUGUGGAUUGUUCCGCGAUGCCAAGUCUUCUGCUAAGUUGCUGCUGGCACAAAGUGACAAAUAUUUGAAAUGAACUGAAUAAUUGUAUUCUAUCACUGUAUUGAUAUUCCAUAAUCAUCUUCUGCACAAUUAAACCUUUAGAAUCAUUAUUUCAUUGUAAAAA